GAGACCUUUAGCUUGCCGUACAUGGUCAUCGGAUAGAGAGUAGCAGUAGAAAGUUUCCAGUUCAUGAGCGUGUCAGGAUGAAUGGAACAGCUUACUCCAACUUUGACAACCAGGAACACGUCCUGAAACUAGGAGAGACGUUUGAGAAGCACCCGAAGAGCGGCUACCACACAGUGCGGUAUGACUUCAAACCAGCCUCCAUUGAUACGACGUGUGAAGGGGAGCUUGAAGUUGGCAAAGGAGAGCAAGUUACAAUAACUUUACCCAAUUUAGAGGGUUCGAGUACUCCAGUAACGGUCUUUAAAGGCUCCAAAAGGCCAUACAUGAAGGAGUGUAUCCUCAUCGUCAAUCAUGAUACUGGAGAGUACAGACUGGAGAAACUCAACAGCAACAUCGCUGUGAAGAAGACCAGGGCUGAGGGCAGCAGUAAGAUCCACUCUCGCCUGGAGCAACAGACGAGUCGCCUGAGCCAGCAGAUGAAGACCAACAACAGCAGCAGCAGCAGCAGUAAGACGUCCAUCAGCUCCAAGAGCUCUCCACCCAAAGAGAAGACGUCCCCAGCAUCGCCCAUGGACGACAUCGAGAGAGAGUUGAUGGCGGAGGCGCGGGUCAUGGACCAGCUGAGCAGCGGCGACAGCUCCUCAGACUCCAACAGCUCUUCGUCCUCCAGCAGUGACGACAGCUCCAGCAGCAGCGACUCAGAAGACGAACAGACCUCUGCCCCGCCCCCGGCCCCGACCAAUCACAGCAUGCCUAUCCUCACCACCAGCGCCAACAACAACAGCCGUCACCAGGAGAGUGGAGGAGGACUCAUGAACACACUCAAGAGCGACCUGCAGCUGAGUGAAUCAGGCAGUGAGAGUGACUGAACAAUGCGAGGACGUCUGUGGACAUCAGGAGGAUUUUCAGUGGGGAGUAAAGGAAGCGGGUACACACCUGUCAGUGUCUUGUUUCAUUUAACGUGGGACUGUCUUCUCUACAUAUCCACAUUUCUGCUAGCAAAGAUCAUUUGUUGCUUCUCCGCCAACAAACUUUUUGUCUCAGUUUUUGCUUCAUGGUGCUUUUUUUUUUUUUUUUUUUCUUUUUUCAUGUGAAGACUGCAAGUUAGCGAGAUGCCUUGGUUUAGAGCGAUGAAGAGAAGCAGGAAAUUAUGACAAACUAUCUGUAAUAUUUCAUCUCUCUGGUUGCACAUCUAUGGUUAAACUGAGCAAACAUAUCAGAGGCAGAACGACGGCGGUGUUCAUGAAGUGUAGACGAUGUUACUGCCCAACAGUCAGUCGUGUUAAACCACCUCUGGAGUUUCUGCAUCUCAGUUCAGUGAUAUCAGGACAUGUUGUUGUGCCUUAGGUCAGAUGUGGGUUAAUAGCUUCAGUUCAGCUGCAUUACAUGAAUCUGCCCAACAGGCAUUAAACUUUAUUUAGGACGAGCCACACUGAUGCAGCAGUCUUCUGCUUUUGUCUCAGAAUUAUAGUAAAGUUAGAAACUUUAGCUUUGAAUCACUGAAACUGCAGGACGUCAACAGAUUUUCAUUUAAAGCUGCAUUAAUUCAAAUAAAAUAAAAACUUUCUGCAGUGCUGUGAAACAAGCUAAAAACAAAAUGCUGAGUAUGUCUACAUGCACAAAAUAUCCUUCAUUCUGAAAAAGACAAUAUUCAUACAGAGCAUGGUAAUGAAAAUGAAUAUAUCACUAAUAUUCCUGUUCACACGCAGCCGUGCAGACUCCAAUUAGCGCGCCCCAACAUGUCUUCUAUCACAUCAACAUAAAGAGAAGUGGAACGGAUGUUUUCAAAGUUUCCAAACUCUUUUGACCUCGUGAACUCAGCCCUCCUCUUUCGCUCCUUCAGCCACCACACCUGCAGUAAAUGGCCUGUGAUGGGAUAUUUGCCCAAAACCUGUUGCUAUCAGUCUUUCAUGAAGUUUAAAAGUAGGUGUGUGUGUGUGUCUCUCUGACCUGAAAUGUUGGCUUUUCUUCUGCAUGUCUACACAGGCCUCACAACCGGUUGGCAAGUUGGUUUGUGUACGUCUCCAUGACAACACAGACCGUAUGGUGCAAACUGCUGGUAAAGCUCCAGCUGACGUGCCCAAAUAAUGCUAUUAAAACCUGAAUAAUUCGCUAAUAUUCCACGUGUCUUUAUCGUAGAAUCCUACAUUCAGUAAAAGGCCUGAUUCAGAAUAUUUAAAUGGAACAUGCUCUUUACAUGAGCCCCAUUAAACUCAGAGUCUCGUCAUAUUUGGAAUUACCGUGGAAUAAUAGUGUGCAUGUAAACGUAGCCAGUGAUGAAUUAAAGUGGAAGCAAACAGUCGCUCAGUUACAGAUGUAGAAGUCACUUAUCAGCUCUGACUGACUCUGAGCAGGUGAUGCACAGUUUCUUUUCUGUUUUUGGUCGGUCACGGCUGCUCUGACUGGAAACAGGUGAUGAGAGUUUGAAAACCAAACAGCCCAGUUGCCGGACAAAAAUGUUGGCUUUGCACGUUUCUGAAAACCACGUACGUACACGUGUACAUUUAAGUGAUGCAGUUUACGAGCUGAUUUGUCAUCAGGAGGUGGAUGGCGUGUCAACGCUCGCCAAGCUGCAGACCACUGCUGUGUUUGCAGCUGAGAUAGAGCCACAAAAAUGGGUUCCCUAUUAUCGAGACAUGGCUGUGUUUGCAGCUGGGAUAGUGCUCUGAAAAGUUGUUUUUUUAUUACCGAAUUACUGCUACUUUUCCAGCCGGGAUAGAGCAGUUGCAACGUACAAAUGUAACGUAUCUUUAGUUUGCAGAAACGUAUAACCCCUACAUUUACUCUGGUGACUGGGUUCAACCAAAAUAACGAGCUGAAAGAUUCUAAAAUGUUUUGUAGAGCUUCAGGUGAGAGUUGAUAGAUGAUGAUUGCUGUAGCUUUAAGAAUGAAGACGUCUCUGUGACCUUGUUAAUUGUGAUAUUUCAGUUUCUGGCGAGGCGGUGCACGAGCACUCAGUUGACUCAGAGAGAGUCGUGCUUUGUAGCUUUAAACCUGCAAUACUUGAAUCUAAUUAUUUAUAUUUCAAAAUAUCCUCGACCAACGGUGAGAUGCUUAAUAUAUUUGAUAUAUAUUUUAAUAGCCAAGCGAUUGGAAGUUAGUCUGAAGUGUGCUGCGUAAAACAAGCCAGAUGCUUUGAUGCUGCGUCUCAGUGAGUCUGAGAGAACGCCAUGUGCCUUUAUUUGCCUCGGCCUGUUGAAACACAGGUGCCACAUCCCUGCUGAGCUGCGUCAGCCAACAGGAAGCUGCUGUUUAUGUUCUGGCAUUUCUUUGGUGUCCCAGCUGACUAAUACAGAGACUGAAAUGAAGACGUCUUAAGUCAAUAAUGUGUUUAGCCUUAAGGACGGUGGCCUCAGAGGAUCAUUUGUAAACUAUUUGAGAGAAAUUUCUUUGUAGAAAAAUAAAGAUUUUAAUAAUUU